CACUUAUAGGGACAGUGACAGAGACAGUAACAGCGUUUUAAAGAGCGUUGCUGGAAAAUGUGGCUCUCUGUAGGAUUAAUCGUCGCAGUGUUGUUUAUUGCAUUGUUUUUUAAAUAUGUAUUGGGUACUUCCAGUCCGUGUCCUUUUGACAUCAACGCGAUCGAGUCUCCCAGACCAGUGGAGCUGAAUAAAAAGGAGAGAAACAAAGUGUUAAAGCAGGGGUUUUUGGUCAGCAGAGUCCCCCAGGACCUUGACGCCAUUGUGAUUGGCAGUGGUAUUGGUGGGCUGAGCAUCGCCGUUCUGCUCGCCAAGGUUGGAAAGAAGGUCCUGGUACUGGAACAACAUGAUCGAGCUGGAGGAUGUUGUCACACAUUCUCUGAGAAAGGCUUUGAGUUUGACAUUGGGAUUCACUACAUUGGUGAUGUUGAGGAGAAUGGGAUGUUUGGCUGCAUAGUGGAUCAGCUGACCAAUGGGCAGCUGCAAUGGGAACCAAUGGAAAACCCCUUUGACCAGGUGGUUCUGGGACCACCGGAGAACCGGCGCAUCUAUCCCAUUUACAGUGGAAAAGACCGUUUCCAUUGGGAGCUGAAAAAGUGCUUCCCAGGAGAAGAGAAAGCCAUCGAUGAGUUUAUGAGACUGGUUCAGAAAUGUGGCAAUAGUGUGUGGACGAUGAUGAUGCUGAAGCUGAUUCCAUUCCCAGUGGCUAGGUUUUUGGUUUAUACAGGACUUGCUAAUCGCCUGUCCUCCUUCUUCUCCUAUGGCUCACGCAGCCUGGCCGAGGUGGUGAACAGUCUCACAGAGAAUAAAGAUCUCAGAGCCGUGCUCUGCUACAUGUUUGCUACUUAUGGCAAUCCUCCAAAAGAUGCCAGUUUCUCCUUGCACAGUUUGCUGGUGUGCCACUUUUUAAACGGUGCCUGGUACCCUAAAGGUGGUGCGAGUCAGAUUGCCUAUAACAUGAUCCCCAUCAUUGAGAAGGCAGGAGGAGCCGUGCUUGUCAGAGCUCCAGUCAACCGCAUCCUGCUCAAUUCUGCCAAUGAGGCUAUAGGAGUGAGUGUGAUGAAGGGGCAAGAUGAGGUCCAUGUGCAUGCUCCCAUUGUGAUCUCCGAUGCAGGAAUCUUCAACACCUACCAGCAGCUACUUCCUAAAGAGGUUCAGACUAGGCCAGGGAAAUCCACAAUGACUGUGGUCAGCUUCGCUCCUUACUCGUGGUUUGAGGAAUGGAAAGAUGAGAAGGUCAAGAACAGAGGGGCCGAUUAUAAAGAGAUUAAGGCAGGCAUCAUCAACACAGUUUUGGAGGUGGUAACUCAGAUUUUCCCCAAGAUCAAGGACAGGAUCGAGUACAUGGACGCCGGCACUCCCAUCACUAAUCAGCACUAUUUAGCAGCUCCUAAAGGAGAGAACUACGGAGCUGAUCACUGCACUUCCCGCUUCACUGCAGACGUCUGUGCCACAAUCAGACCUCAAACUCCCAUCAAAAACCUCUUCCUCACAGGUCAAGACCUGUGUUCAUGUGGUUUUGCGGGGGCCAUCGCUGGAGCUCUAGCCUGCGGCUCUGUUGUUCUCAACCGCAACCUUUUUAUUGAUGUUGAUGUCCUUCGAAAGAAACUGAACCAUGCCAACUCUAAGAAAGUCCAGUAAUCACAGAGCGCAACACGUCUGAUUUUUAUUUCUGUACCAGCAAAAAGUACCAUUAGUACCAACAGUUUAAGCAAAUAAACAACUACAAUUAUUAUCAUAUAAUCCUUAUUAAAUUACUGAGCCCUAACUUUUAUUAAUAUAUUACUAUUAAUGUACUUGUAAGGAAUUUAAAUAGCAUCAAAAUGAUGGAAACAUAAUUUUGCAGUUUGUAUCAAGAUUUUAUGCUUUAAUUCCAGACCAACAUCUCUACGUCUAACAAUGAUCAAGGCUUUACUAAUGAAAAAACUAAUAAAUGGUGGUUUAAUUUUGAAAUGUUGAUUUGAAUACUUACAGAGCCUGAAAAGACUAUUGUUCUAUACCAUUUUUUUUUUAGCCGCUCUGAAUAUACUCAAAUCCAAAAUGACUAACUGGGAAACCCUCAUUCAAAGCCAGAUUGUAAGACAUCAAUAACGUGCCACUGUAGGAUUUAACUGUGUCUUCAAAUCUUGUCGAUUAGUGAAUCUCAAGUUAAGUGAAGCACUUUAUUUGAGAAAUUAUAGAAAAGUUAUAUUGAUUAUUGACGGUUCUUUAACUUGAUUAGUGUUUGGUGUUUUGAUCACAUCGGGGGUUGUUAAAUAAUCCAAAACUUUCUGCUUUCUUGAGUUAUAUGAAGAUUAAAUAAUUAUAUAUAAUAAUUAUAUAAGUCUUUGCAUUUACAUAAUAUGCUUUUAUUCUUUUUUUUUUAUACAAUUAAAUAUUUAGGACUUGGAAUUAAUCUUUUUUUUUUAACUUUUUUGGGGGAGUUAUUUGAAAUAAAUCUCAUCUAUUGCGUUUUAAUAGGAGUUUGCAUGAUAUGCACGAAAAUGUUAAUGGAAACUGUACCGUGGUGCUCUAAAAAAACAACAACCCAAUAAACCAGCUUUGCUGUUUUCAUGAA